ACACUCUCACUCUCAGAGUCUCACACCCACACCGCUCGGCCAUCAAAACUUCACAAAGAUGCCGAGGUCCACCAGCCGCCUCCUUCCGCUCGCGCUAGCGGCGAGCCACCUGCUGCUCGCCGGCGCCGGCGCCGGCUGCGGGCCGAGCGGCACGCUCCGGCCGAGCCGGGGCCACUCGUGCGAGGACUGCUGCAAGGCCGGGCAGGCCUACCCGACGUACACGUGCUCGCCGCCGGUCUCCUCGUCCACCCGUGCGGUCAUGACGUUGAACGACUUCGACGCGGGCGGCGACGGCGGGGACCCGUCGGAGUGCGACGGCGCGUUCCACCACAACUCGGAGCGCGUGGUGGCGCUGUCCACGGGGUGGUACAGCGGGGGCUCCCGCUGCGGCAAGAGCAUACGGAUCCGGGCCAACGGCAGGUCCGUGCUGGCCAAGGUCGUCGACGAGUGCGACACCGUCAACGGGUGCGACCGCGAGCACGCCUUCCAGCCGCCGUGCCGCAACAACGUCGUGGACGCCUCCCAGGCGGUCUGGGACGCGCUGGGCAUCACCGGGGAGGAGGUCGGCGAGUACAACGUCACUUGGGCGGAUGCAUGACCUAUAUAUGGUGCAUGGACGAAUAAAGUGCACGUCCGAACCCAAAAUGAAUAAAAGGAGUUUGUAAGGGCCGCCUAUUUAACAGGGCAUCUGAAUUUUCUUUUGGCUUAAGUCGAUUUUCCCAGCCAUCCAACGAGCCGUUAGCGGGCAGCGUGCGGGCCACGUGGCAGGUACGCUUUGCCCUGAGUUGCACUGUAAUCCGACUGCUUUGCCGAGGCAACUUCGGCUUACCGGAGUGUACGCCGUGUGGGCUGUUUAAGCUGAAUGUCUGAACGCGGUGUUCACGGCGUACACGUAGAUAAGCCGAGUACCACCUGUUUGUCGUGUGCCAUCAUAUAAGCCGUAAAUUAACCCGUGUUUCAACA